AUGUUAAAUAAUUCACUGCGCUGCACCUCCCUCCUCCUCAAAGGUGAAAGACACUUUUCACAGGGGGCUGAGCUGAGUCAUUUAUCCUUAAUCUGGGACUUUUCUGUGUACACAGGACAAACGAGGAACCUAAAAAUUACCAAUAGCACUGUACUGUUUGGGAAUAAGACCUGUGAGAUCAACCUGACCUGCUCUGUGGAGAAUCCAAAUGACAGUGUCUCAUUCACAUGGCAGCCCCUAGGAAGGAUGGGUCCAGACCUCACCAUCUCCUGGGACCCUGAGAUUUCCAAUGAACAGAACUACAGUUGCAUAGCUAAAAAUCCUGUCAACAAUUUAUCCUCCACUUUAAAAAAAAAAAAAAAAUUUUUUUUUUUUAAAUCUGCCAAGAGUCUCUGUAAAGGUAACAGUCUGCAUCAAGCUUCUCUAAGAGCCUUGACCAGGUAUCUUUUGUUUCUCUGCUCUGCAAGCCCAGUGUCUUGUCCUGUGUUAACAGCAGAGACCACAGGGAACAUAGAGUACAAUUUGGUGCCUCCAGGGAACACUGUGUAUGCUCAGGUCAGUCACCCAAACAAGGUGAGUUCUUUCAGCUUUAUACUCCUCCAUUGUCAUUAUUUUUACAGUCAUCAUUCACAAGCUGGUCUCCACAAUCAUCUGGCUUAUCCAAAUGACAUACGCCAUUGAGGGGAGGGGAAGAGAAGGCAGUGACCGGGGCUACAAAGUCAUAUGCGUGGCUGUUCUAGCCCCCACCUAAUGGAAUAUUUACUUAUACCCUGCUUUACACUGUUCCCUAAUUGCUUAAUGCAUUGAUAAGUUUUGUCCCUCCAGCUUAAUUACAAGCUGCCUUAGUGCAAAUUAUGUCUUCCCUCUCUUCCGCUAUGUCCUAGCAUGAUGCUCACUAAAUACUUCAGUUAGGUCUGAGAGUUUCCAAAUGGGACAGUUCCGUACCAGAGGCUUCUCACCCUGGAUAUAGGGGAACUGAGGGACCUCAGAAUCUGCUUCUGAGGGGAAGAGGGGCAAGAAUUUGCAACCCCUCCACAGUAGGAGACACUAACUACAGUAGCCCUCAAUCCUCCUCCCCUCUCUAGCAAGGUCAUAGGAUGGCCUCCAUCAAGCAUCAGGAAUCCCACCACCACCUCAAAAUAGAGCACCUGUGGUAGGACAUUUCUAAACAACACAGCACAUCCUGGGCAGGGAGGCAGUUGCCAUGUCUUCUAAAAAAUAAACCAAGAACAUUUGGUAUUCUCCAAUUGAUGAAAGCAACUGUCUAGCUAGGAAUCUUGGGUUUUCCAAGCAAAUUUUCCCUCCCUCAGCCCCCUCCUCUACCUUUGCAAAGUAUGCUCCUUGAAGAGAGGGGACAAGAAGGUAGCAUCUCACUUGUUCAGAUAUUUCUAUUGCUUUUCCAAUUUUCUCUUGAAGACCAGAUGAAUCACUCCCCAGCAAACCAAGAAGCUAAUCUCCAGAAAAUUUGCCAGCUUUUUCCUUAGCAAAAGACAAAACAACAAAAACCUGUACUUUGGAGAGUUUCAGAGGUCUUGAUGAUAUUCCAAACAUUCCUUAGUUAAUUUAAAGUGUUGAAACUUAUUGUCUCAGUCAUCUAGUGCUGCUAUAACAGAAAUACUACAGGUGGAUGGCUUUAACAAAGAGAAGUUUAUUCUCUCACAGGCCAGUAGGCUAAAAGUCGGAAUUCAGGGUGCCAGCUCCAGGGGAAAGCUUUCUCUCUCUGUCGGCUCUCAGUGCAAGAACCUCAGGUCCAAAGGACAUGCUGUGUUCCUGGUGCUGCUUUCUUGGUGGUAUGAGGUCCCCAACUCUCUGCUUGCUUACCUUUCCUUUUAUCUCUUGAGAGAUAGAAGGUGGUGCAGGCCACACCCCAGGGAAAUUCCCUUUACAUUGAAUCAGGAAGGUGACCUGAGAAAGAGUGUUACAUCCCACCCUAAUCCUUUUAACCACAGGCAGAGAUUAUGAUUUAUAACACACAGGAAAAUCACAAAAUGGAGGAAAACCACACAUGGCCUAACCAAGUUGACACGUAUUUUGGGGGGACACAAUUCAAUCCAUUACACUUAUUAAGCAGUUUUUUUCUUUUUUCUGGGGAUGAGGGGCCUCUGCUGUUAUUAGUGUACUGUGUGCUCCAUGUAGAGCCAGUCUUUAGGCCACUUGUUCUUAUUCUCCCGGUUCCCCAUGCUUGCGGAGUCUCCAGUAACAUGGUGACCAGGCAACUAGAAUAGCAGGACAAAACAGAGCAGGUAAUACCUUCAGUUAUUGCUUAGUAAAGGCCUGACAAAAGAUAAAAUAAAAUAGCCAUCUGGCAUACAAGUUUGUUCUUUAAAAGGGAGGAAGGAGAGCAGACUUGGAUGCAGGACAAGAAUGCUUCCUUCUCUUCACACAUUCUGUGCCUACAAGGCUGCUCUUCUGUCUGUCUCUGGUCCACUAGUUUGCUGGGAUGUUGUGCUUCUGUUUGGGGCUCAGGAAAUGCUACCAAAUCUGCGCAAGUUCAAGAGCAGGUGGUACCUGGGCUCUAGUUCCUUUUGCUAAACACUCCUUGAUCUUCCCCCUGAAGAACUUGGAUGUCUUCCCUCUUGUCACACACCCUUCCCCAAAAAUAUAUCUGUGCAUGAGUAUCUCUCUGUGUGAACCAUGUGGGUGUGAUUAUCUUUACAGAAAACAGAAAUUCCAAAACCUGUGACAAACAAGGAUCCAACCACAGUUUAUUCCACUGUUCAGCAGCCUAAAGGGUAAACCCAUGAUUCUCCCAUGUUCUUACAUUCUUACCCCUCUUCCCAGGCCUAUAACUUUGCAAAUAAAGUACUGGACAGCUAUUUUACAGAUAUACAAAUAUCAGCAAGAUCCAGAGAGUCUCAGGAUGUCACCAAAACAUAGCCAAGAUUUUUUAAUUUAAUUCUGCCUUAUACUAUCAAUACCCCUCCUCUCUGUGUUUUAGUGCUCUCUAGACUUCCCUCUACAUCCACAACAGGCAGCCUGAGGCUCCGGUCCCUAUUAACCCGCCUCAUCAUCUUCUUUUUUCCAUUUCCCAUUAGAAACCAUUACUUCCAGGGCAACUGCCCUGGACAAACAUCAUCUAAGUUGUUGAAAGGCAUCAAAGGAAUUCAGGAAUGGUCUCCUGAUCCCGUGGGAGAGACCAAAAAGCAGGAAGUUUGGUUUUCUGCCUGGCAACAGAAUCUGGACAUCUGGGAUUAAUUACCACUUCCAGUCCUUCAGACUUGAACCUGCUAAUCCAAAUCAAACACCUAAAGAGUAACAUCCUUUCCAGCAUUUAAUCCAAAUCACAUUUGCCAAUCUGCGCCAGGCCAAACUAUGCUUCAGGUGCCACACCUGCAUAUUGACUGUUUUCAUUGGUAACCAAACAAAUGGAGUUAUGGAUGACAGAUGGAUUAUAAUUCCAAAGACAAAGACUUCUCUUCUUUCAGAAAGCAUCAGGACUGUGACUUGUCGGGAGAGGGUAGAGCGUGUUGGUUAUAUGGGUAGUCUGUGGAGUUGGACCGGCCCAGGCUCAUAUACUCAUACACCAUGUGCCUUGGGACAUGUUAGCUAAUCUCUCAGAGCUUGCGACUCCUUUACUGAAAAAGGAGAAAAAAAAAGGAGGAGGGAGGUAAUACAUCAUCAGCCUGUCGCUGAAGCCAGAAACCUGAGUCAUUCCAGUCUCCAGCUUCUCUAUCACCAGGCCCUUUGGACUCUACCUCCAAAAUAUAUCUCAGAUUUAUCCACAUCUCUCCAACUUCUUGGCCACCAUCCUCUAUCCAACUACCACCAUCCCUAAUCUGAAAUACUACAAUAACCUUCAAAUUGCUCUCCUUACUUGUCCCCCUCGAAUCCAUUCUCCAGGAGACAGCCAGAGUAUUAUUUUUUUUUAAUAUAAAUCAUAUCCUUCCCUUGCCUGAUUAAAACCCUGCAAGGCUUCCCAUUGUACUAAGAAUGAAAUCCAGUCCCCAUGGCCCUGCAUGAUCCGGCCAUCUCCAGCCUCACUGGCAUCACUAUUCCUCCACCCACCCACUCUUUGUAUUUAGCCUCCCCGAUCUUCUUUCAGCUCCUCUAUUAGUGCCUAAAGGGCUUCCUCUGCCAGGCCCUUCCUCCUUAUACUUCAGGUCUCUGCUUAAAUGUCACCUUCAGCAGAGACCUCCCCAGCCUAUAUUAGGCUGGGUUCUCUAGAGGGUCGAAUCAGUGAUGUGUACAUAAAGAGAGAGAUUUAUUUCAAGGAAAUGGCUCACACAGUUAUGGAUGCUGGCAAGUCCCAAAUCUGUGGGUCAGGGGUCAGGCUGGAGGUUUUCCUGACUCAUGUGGUGGUGAACCCAAAAUCAACAGGUCAGAUAGCAGGCUGCUAGCUCACAGGACUGCGGGAGCUGACAAAUCCCCAAAUCUGCAGGUCAGACAGCAGACUGCUGGUUCAUGUCCCAAGAGCCGGAGCUCAGUCAGCUGCAGACGGAGUGAGAACAAGCUUUGGCAGAACAUCCACAUAUAUUGGAUGCAGGCCACACCCCACGGAAACUCACCUUUCAACUGAGUGGUUGCUUACAUCAGAUCACAAAAUGGAGGAUGAUUACUUAAUAGCUGCCAAACCACUGAGAACAAUGGCCUAGCCAAGUUGGCAUAACCUUAAUCAUCACAACAGGUCUAUCUAAAGUGGGCCCCCCAUUGUUCUGUCACACCUUGCAUGUCAUUUGUCGCAUGUACUUAAAUAUUUAUUUUUGUUUGUUUAAUUCCCAUUUCUCACAUUGUACUGUAAGCUCUUUGAGGGCAGACACCAUGACUGUUUUGUCUAUCACGUAUCAAUAAAUAUUUUUUUAAUAAAAAAAUAAAUAUGCAACGGGUUUUUUAAAUAAAACACCUGAAGCCCUUAGGGUAGUGCCUAGCGUAUAAAAGAUCUCUGCAAACAUUACCCAUCAUUGUUA